AUGUGCUCGAACUUUGUCGACGAUGUAGUGGCAAUCAUAUCAAAAUCGGGUGUGGUUAAAGACAUCACGGACGACAUCAAAUCCAAGGUCACUAGCUGGACAGAUGCGGGCAAGAGGAUCGAUACAUUUUGUCAAAAUAUUGGAAGUUCUGCCGGCCAUGAAAACUCGCAUUUAGGCAAUCUAUUCUGCCUACCAGAUGAUUGUCAUGAUGAGUUAUGGGUUACAAUAUCACAGUUUAACAUAAGACUCUUAGGCGUGACAGGGCCGGAUAGAGACCAUGAAACCCAACGGAUCAUAGCUCGUGACAUACUGGAGGUACAGGACAGAGCUAGGUUAGAUAACCUGGCGGCUAAGGUAUUUGAUGUCUUAUGGAGCAAGGUUAAUGCGUCGAUUAAUGAUAUAAUCAAUAAAUCACCGGAAUCGGUCUUAGGACGAAACCUACAACAUACUCAAUCCGUCCGAAGAGAAAAGCAGACACCGGGAGAAGUCCGAGAACUAAGCACAUCAAUACAUAGCGAUGAGCUUUCACCGAGCUGCGACCCGGUUGUAAAUGACGCAAGCCUUGAUUCUGCAACAACUAUCCAUGCGUCAGCAACAAAUGCUUCAGCAAGGCCACAUGUAUCUCCAAGCCGUUCCUAUGACAACACCGCAAAUCAGCUUCUGGACGGAUUUGACCAGCAAGAUGAACAAACCUCGAUCAAUAACACUGACAUGGACAAUGGUCAUGACAUAAUACAGCCAAUAUCACCGGCCCAAUCACUCACUCCAUUCAAUGAGCAGACUCAUGGGAACAUGGGAAGCAUGAUAAACGUACAUGAUACAUUCCAACCAAUAUUGCAGACCCGACCCUUCGCUUCAUUCAGUGAGCAGAAUUACGAGAACAUGGAGACCAUGGUAAAUGUACAUGAUAUGUUCCAACCACUUCUACCCAUCGACAAUUAUGGCUCAAUUCCCGGACAGGCUUCAACCCACACCAACAUGGUCAAUGUUCACGACAUUCUUCAGCCAAUAUUGCGAGGGCCAGUCGGCGAACAAGUGGAAGCGCAAUCCCAGACUGAUAUAACGAACAUCGCCGGCGAUAUUAAUCAACCAACAAUACAAGCGCCAGCUUCUACCCUGCUGAAUCCCUGGAAUAAUGCAAUGACAAUAACCGGAGUUCACGAUGCGUUUCAAACCACCGCAUCCUUUUAA